AGAGAACCCAGUUCAUACAUCUUGCCCAGUGAGUUGGAAUCUCUAUUUUCCUACAUAUCAUGUCAGUGACAAAGGAAAAAUUCUUACCCUUCCUGCAGGUUCUGCUACUUGCAUUUUCAUCUGCUAAAGCUGUUUCAUUUGAAGAACCCUGCUGCAUCUUAGAUAGCAGAUUUGGAGAAUUCUGCCCAACAACAUGUGGAGUUGCUAAUUUUUUUGGGAGGUACCAAGCAACAGUUGACAAGCAACUUGGGACAAUUGAAGAUAAUUUACGAAACAUUGAAAAUCUAACCACUGUAACAAAAGUUAAGAUUACGGACAUCGAAGAAUACAAUAGUGUCAUUAAGAAACAAGCGCCAGAUGUAUACAUUCAAAGGAUUCGCGAAAUACAAACAGACAUUCUCAGGUUUGAAAAAACCACUGGAGAUAGAGACCUUGAAAUACAACAGUUAGACAACCUUGUAAUAUUGAACAAUGAAAAAAUCCAUACUUUAAUGAAAAUGACUCAACAACUUCAGUCCAGGUGCAGCGAAUCAUGUCAAGACACUGUUCAAAUAAAUGAUAUCACAGGUCAAGACUGUCAAAGUAUUGCUGACAAAGGUGCUACGAAUAGCGGCUUGUAUUACAUUAAACCACUGAAAGCUCGACAGCAAUUCUUAGUGUAUUGUGAGAUAGACACAAAUGGGAGAGGCUGGACAGUGCUACAAAGGCGAUUCGAUGGCAGUGUGGAUUUCUUCAGAAACUGGAUUGCAUAUAAGGAAGGGUUUGGAUACCUGUCACCUGCUGACACUACAGAGUUCUGGAUUGGUAAUGAGAAAAUACAUUUAAUAACUACACAGACUGAUAAAGCCUAUUUACUCCAAAUAACCUUGAAGGACUGGUCAGAACAGCAGAGAUUUGCUCAAUAUGUGGGUUUUAAAGUGUCAAGUGAGGAGGACAAAUAUCGUUUGAGUUAUGGCUAUUACGUGAAUGGAGAUGCUGGAGAUGCCUUUGCUGGCUUUGCGUUUGGUGACGAUCCCAGUGAUAAAUUCUUUACUUCACACAACUAUAUCCAGUUUAGCACAGUGGACUCUGAUAAUGAUAAGUAUGAGGGCAGCUGUGCUGCACAGGAUCAAACAGGCUGGUGGUUGAACAGAUGCCAUGCAGGAAAUCUUAACGGCCAAUAUCACAAAGGUGGAGUUUACACACCACAGGAUGAAAAUUCAUUUGAUGAUGGUAUCAUAUGGGCAACAUGGCAUGAUCGCUGGUAUUCCCUUAAAGAGACCACAAUGAAAAUCAUACCAAAGGAUAAAUAUGAUUCAUUACAAACAGAGCAGUCCCAAAUACUAAGAGAUGGUCUUUCCAAGUGGUUAGGCGUUUAUGAGGUUAAAUUGCCAAUGCCAGGUGCUACUAUAGAAAAACUACGCCAAAGAUUUACUAUCUAUGGAUUGCCAGAGAUAAUCACCUCAGAUAAGCGUAAUGUGUUUACUAGCGCUGAGUUUCAAAGAUUUGUCAGCCUGAAUGGUAUCAACCACGUGAAGACAGCACCAUACCAUUCAUCAUCUAACCGACUGGCGGAAAGAGAAGUACAAAUGUUUAAGGCGGGAAUGAAAAAGUUAACCGGUGAAUCGUUGGAAAGUUCAUUUUAA